GAAGUAGCUGAAAUGAGAAAAAGGCAACAGUCACAAAAUGAAGGAACAUCUGCUGUUUCUCAAGCACCUGGAAACCAAAGGCCCAACAACACAUGUUGCUUCUGUUGGUGUUGUUGUUGCAGCUGCUCAUGCCUCACUGUUAGGAAUGAAGAAAGAGGGGACAAUACAGGAAGGCCAACACGCACUACCAAAAUGGAGAGCAUCCAGGUCACAGAAGAGUGCCAAAACCCUACUGCGGAUGAAAUUUUGUCUUGGGCUCAAAAUUUUGACAAGAUGAUGAAAACACCAGCUGGUAGAAAUAUUUUCAGAGAAUUUCUUCGAACAGAGUACAGUGAGGAGAACCUGCUAUUCUGGCUUGCAUGUGAAGACCUCAAGAAGGAACAGAACAAGGAAGUGAUUGAAGAAAAAGCAAGGGUUAUAUAUGAGGAUUAUAUUUCAAUACUUUCACCAAAAGAGGUUAGUUUGGACUCACGGGUGCGAGAAGUGAUCAACAGGAAUUUGUUGGAUCCUAAUCCUCAUAUGUAUGAAGAUGCUCAACUUCAGAUCUACACAUUAAUGCACAGAGACUCUUUCCCAAGAUUUUUGAACUCUCAGAUUUAUAAAUCUCUUAUUGAAAGUACUAUGGGCUCUACUUCUGAAACUUAGGUCUCAUUUUGGGGGAUUGAAACCUCAAGUUUGCUUUUUUGGGGUGGGUGGGGAGGACUAUUAGGAUGAAGACAGACAUAAGAUUUUAAGAGCAGUGGGGCUGCUCUGGAAGUGCCCUCACUGUGUUCAGUCCAAACAUACCUUUCCUCUCCAGGAACAAACUCUGUAAAAACUGGUUCUGCACCUUUGAAGCAGAAGAUUGCUGCACGCAUGGUGCCGACUUGUUGACCACCGCCACCCUGUGAUGUCACCAAGACACGCCCCCCCAAUACUAGAGCAGUUUUUGCACUUUUAAAAAAUUUCUCUUUUAAUUAAGUAGGUGACAAGGGAACAGAUAAAAUGCAUGAACAUUAAUGCCUCAUUUUUAAAAAGUAAAAGAAUGACUGCCCACCUGCAGCAUGGGGGGAGGGCAAGACUGACAGCAGCAUCAGUGUUUGAUUUGCUGGCAUACAUUUUUGUCAGUUCAGUUGUUAGGCCAAGAGGAAGUGGGACUUACCCCAUUGGUGAAAGAUGUGCUGAGAGCUCUUUUUUUAUAUUACAUCUGUCUUCACCUUAGUAGUUUAAUAACAUCUGGAACUGAGUUCCUGGAGAACUACAGUUUAGCACUACUCAGACUACUGUGAAGAAAACAAAUUCAUAUAAUAGUUGUUGUCUACGUUUUACCAAGGUGUUUAAUGCUUGAGUUUGGAGGAGGGGGAUGGACUUGCCAAAUCACAUUUCUUUCACACACCUUUUACAACAGCAGUCAAGUUUGCAAUGACGUACUUGUUGUUUUAUGAAGAGUUUCCUUAUGUAUCCUCACACUGCAUGUGCAAAGCAAGAAUGCUUCACUUACCACUUAGUUGUUGCAAUAUUUAAUCCAACAACAUAAAUUAUAUCUAUAUUUAAAAACAUUUUGUGCAAUAUAUAGUAUACAGAAAUCACUGGAGCGAGUCAGAAAGUAACUUGCAUAUUUAAACAUACGCUGACACUAAAGGAUGGUAGUCCUUAGGUGUAGCAAUAUCAUUCCAAAUGCUCAGUGGAAUAAAAUACAUUAUGUCAAAGCAACAAACUUUCUGUAUAAGAGAGAGUUAUCAAUUUAUUUAAAAUUCAAAAUAGGGGAUUCCUCUGGCUGUUGACUGCCAAAAUGGUAGCAUUUUGUAACAGAGUUUGAAAUGUUAAAAACCCAAC